AUGCCCCGUUCUCUUGCGGCGGCUGCCAGGCCGCCGCUGCUGGUGCUGAUGUGCGCUCAGGCGAUGCUCGUCGGGGUGGCAGCUCAGGCAUUCGGGGCGAAGGUGACCCUUCCGCAGACCUACCCACUCCGUUUCUUCGUGGUGGGCGACUGGGGGAGAGCAAACGAUGAGCACCCCAAUGGCUACAACCAGACCCGAGUCGCGCAGAUGAUGGCCAAGAAAGCAAACAGCGCCUACGGCAAGCCGCACUUUGUGCUGAGCACCGGAGACAACUUCUACAGCUUUGGGCUGAGGAACCUGAGCGACCACUGGUUCACGCAGAAGUUCACCAACAUCUACAAGGCCCCAGGGCUGCAGGUCCCCUGCUCCCCUCUGUACCAGCUUGACCCAGCGCUGCGCAAGCGCGAUUGGCGCUGGCACGCGUUCCGUAACAGAAAGCUGAGCCUGGCGGGCGGCAAGGUGGACUUCUUCUUUUGGGAUACGACCCCCUCAGACGUAUACAGCUUCUACUCAUGCUGGGGCGGAUUCAAGGGUGGAGUACGCUCCCAGAGCUGGCCCAACAACGUGGUUUGGCUCCAGAAUCAGCUAGCUGCCAGCAAGGCCUCCUGGAAGCUCAUUGUGGCCCACCAUCCGCCCCUCAGCAGCGGGUACCAUGGGGUGAACCCAGAGGUCCAGGUUGCCGUGGAGGCGCUGGUUAGAAAGUACCGGGCCCAGGUCUACUUUGCGGGGCAUGAUCACAACCUGGAGCACCUGCACUACUGCGACUCCAGCUUCUACGAGCCCAACUAUCACAUCAUCGUCUCGGGCGGCGGCUCCCGGCGCUACACAAAGGGCUUUGGCACCAGCAACGGCAAGCCCUCUGACUACUACCCCACAGACCCCUCUUCGGUGUGGGGCGCCCUCACCGACGGCUUUGUGGCCGUCACCCUCAAGGCCCAGGAAAUGGUGGUGCAGUUCUACUCCACCGAUUUUAAGAACGGCACCACGGCGGUGCACGUGGCCCGCAUCCCGCGCCUGCUCAAGCCGGGGCCCGACCUGGAUUGA